CAUGUUUGCAUUGUAUUUCAACCUUCUUUUUUUGUUUGAAUGUGUACAAAGUGUGUAACUUUGGCACCCAAGUCUGUUGGCCUAGUGUCAAUGAUUUUGGGUUGAGAACCAGUAGAGACAAAAAAUUACUACUCCCUUCGUUCCAAUUUAUAUGGGCACCAUUUGACUAGACAUGUAAUUUAAGAAAGAAAGGAAUAAUUUUGAAAUUUGUUGUCCAGAACAAGCCUCAGAUAAAUGUGAUUAUUUUUAAAUAUAGAAAUGUGACAUUCUUUUUGGGACAAACUAAAAGGACAGAGGGAGUAAGUGAUUUCUUCACAUCUGUUCAGCUUUAGUUGACGGAGUUAUCCCGUACUUGUGCUGGUGGUAGUUAGCAGGUAUCCCUGUGGAAUUGGUGGAGAUUUCCAGACAGUUCGUUCCAAAAAUAGAAGCAGCUCUGAUAUGGCUUAUGGCGGCACAAAUGUCAUUCCAUUGGCAGCAACAGGUGGCUCAACAGUGAGGCAGGUGAAGCUGGAUAAAGAAUGUGAGCUCCGAAUUGAAUCGAGCGCUGACUCGCCCCUACGUCUUCGGCUCCUGACUGGCACGGCUGAGAUUUUUGGGACUGAAGUCCCUCCUGGAAUCUGGCUCAACUUCCCUCCAAGACUAAAAUUUGCAGUAUUUACUUGGUAUGGAGCCACAAUCGAGAUGGACGGUCCCACUGAAACUGAUUAUACAGCAGAUGAGACGCCGAUGAUAAGCUAUAUAAAUGUCCAUGCUGUACUUGAUGGACGAAGAAAUCGUGCCAAAGCUUCGCCCAGUGAUUCUGACACUUCUCAGGGCCCAAGGGUUGUCGUCGUGGGACCAACAGAUUCUGGCAAGAGUACUUUGUCACGGAUGCUUCUUAGUUGGGCUGCGAAACAGGGAUGGAAACCCACUUUUGUGGAUUUGGACAUAGGUCAAGGAUCGAUAACUAUUCCAGGAUGUAUUGCUGCUACGCCAAUCGAGUUGCCUAUUGAUCCAGUUGAAGGAAUUCCACUUGAAAUGCCUAUGGUCUACUUCUUUGGCCAUGUGACUCCUAGUGCCAACGUAGAUCACUACAAGGUACUCGUCAAGGAGCUAUCGCAGACUCUGGAGAAGCAAUUUUCUGGUAAUGCUGAAUCUCGAGCUUCAGGCAUGGUAAUAAAUACAAUGGGAUGGAUAGAGGGAGUUGGUUAUGAGUUGCUACUACAUGCGAUUGAUACGUUCAACGCCACAGUUGUUCUUGUCUUGGGUCAGGAAAAACUUUGUAGCAUGCUAAAAGAUGUAUUGAAGAAUCGACCUAACGUGGAUGUGGUGAAACUUCAAAAAUCCGGUGGUGUUGUAUCAAGGAAUGCAAAAGUACGGCAGAAAGCAAGGGGCUACAGAAUACGGGAAUAUUUUUAUGGCCCUUCGAACGACCUCUCGCCACAUUCUAAUGUAGUAAGCUUCAGUGACUUGUUCAUCUACCGGAUUGGAGGUGGACCACAGGCUCCACGCUCAGCUUUACCUAUUGGUGCAGUGCCUGCAGCAGAUCCUACAAGAUUGGUUCCAGUUAAUGUCAACCAAGACUUGCUCCAUUUGGUUCUUGCCGUCUCAUAUGCCAAAGAACAAGAUCAAAUAAUAUCCAGUAAUGUUGCUGGAUUCAUCUAUGUAACCGACAUAGACAUGCACAGGAAAAAGAUAACAUACCUUGCACCAUGUGCUGGGGAACUUCCGAGCAAAUAUCUAAUCGUGGGAACCUUAACAUGGAUCGAAAACUGAAGUGUAUAAGUGCUGUAGCCAGUGGUUUUUUCGGUCUUUGAGUUUUGUGCGGCAGCAUGGAAAUGCCCACUAAGCUUUUGGUGUUGUAGAAAUGCAGUAGGCUUUUCAGUGAGUGACUGUAUAAUACUACUGUACCAUAGGUGAAGCUUUAUGAAGAAAAAUCCUAUUGUACAAAUAACAAUAGCUCCUCAUCUAAGUUAUAAACUUAUUUGGCAGAAAUAUUUUGACA